AUGGAAGUCGACCUCUCAGCGCCGAACGGCAAGAAGUGGUCCCAGCCACUGGGCCUCUUCAUCAACAAUGAGUUUGUUAAAAGUAGCAACGGGCAGACGAUCACCUCGGUUAACCCCACAACGGAGGAGGAGAUCUGCUCCGUCUUUGCUGCGACGUCUGAUGAUGUUGACAAGGCGGUGGCUGCCGCCCGCAAGGCCUUCAAGGAUCCUUCGUGGAAAUCUCUUUCGGGGACUGACCGAGGCGCGCUGAUGACAAGGCUCGCUGACCUAAUGGCGCAGCACGCCGAGACACUGGCCACCAUCGAGUCUCUUGACAACGGCAAGCCGUAUUCUGUCGCUCUCAGCGAGAACUUGCCUGAGAUAGUCAACGUUCUCAAAUACUACGCGGGGUACGCCGACAAGAACUUCGGUCAGGUCAUCGAUGUUGGCCCAGCCAAGUUCGCUUACACGGUCAAGGAGCCACUGGGCGUUUGUGGCCAGAUCAUCCCAUGGAACUAUCCGCUGGACAUGGCCGCGUGGAAGCUGGGGCCGGCCCUUUGCUGUGGAAAUACGGUAGUUCUCAAACUCGCCGAACAGACCCCCCUCUCGAUGCUGUACGUGGCACGGCUUAUCAAGGAAGCCGGCUUCCCACCCGGCGUGGUAAACAUCAUCAAUGGCCACGGCCGGGAGGCCGGCUCGGCACUCGUGCAACAUCCCCAAGUGGACAAGAUCGCUUUUACCGGCAGCACGGCGACGGGCAAGGAGAUCAUGAAGAUGGCCUCGGCCAGCAUGAAAAACAUCACCCUCGAGACCGGCGGCAAGUCGCCGCUCAUUAUUUUCGAGGAUGCCGACCUGGAUCUCGCAGCCAAAUGGUCCCACAUCGGCAUUAUGAGCAACCAAGGCCAGAUCUGCACCGCCACGUCUCGGAUUCUGGUCCAGGAGAAGGUCUACGACGAGUUCAUCAAGCGCUUCAAAGCCAAGGUGGAAGAGAUCUCGGUGGUGGGUGACCCAUUCGAGGAGACAACCUUUCAGGGGCCACAGGUGACCAAGGCGCAAUAUGACCGGGUACUCUCUUACAUCAAAUCUGGACAAGAAGAAGGCGCAACUAUUGCCCUGGGCGGCGAACCGGCCCCGCAAAAAGGCAAAGGUUUCUUCAUCGCGCCCACGGUAUUCACCAAUGUUAAGCCCAGCAUGAAGAUUUUUCAGGAGGAGAUCUUUGGGCCUUGCGUGGCCAUUGUCAAGUUCAACACCGAAGAAGAGGCCAUACAACUGGCGAAUGACACGACGUACGGUCUUGGAUCCGCGCUUUUCACUCGGGACCUGGUUCGGGCGCACAGAGUAGCCAGGGAGAUCGAAGCGGGCAUGGUCUGGAUCAACAGCAGCAACGACUCCGACUUUAGGAUCCCAUUCGGUGGAGUCAAGCAAUCGGGGAUCGGGAGAGAGCUGGGCGAAGCCGGGUUGGCGCCGUACUGCAAUACCAAGGCGAUCCACGUAAACAUGGAAGGUUGA